UGUUUUUUUUAAUGUAGGUAUUUCAUAACACUUCUUCAGUUAUAUUUUGCUAUAGAAAGCUAGUUGCAUAGUUCUACAAAUACUACUAUUAAAAAAAGAUUGUUUAGAAGUCUUGCAAGUAUAAAAUUGAAGUCACAAAAUUUUUAUAAAGCACCAGGUAGUAAUCUGGUUCCUUACCAUAGAUCAUUUUGAUAACAGAUGAUCUUCCUGCCAAGAAGUCUUAUUCUGAACAUUGGCCAUAGUUUUAUGAGGAUAUUUGCUAUCUAAAGGUUGGCAAUAAUUGAGCACCAUGGCUGCAACUGCAAUUCCUGAUCCAAAUAAAAUGCACAAACCUCACAAACAAAUUUUCACCAAAGAAGAGCUGGACUUGGUGGGGGUUGAACUUGUCGGCAAUUUUGGCAGGGCUCGCAGCCAUGUCAUCAUCCCACGUACCUUCAUCCCCACCGUGAUGCGCACUGACCAGGAGAAGCAAAUUAUGGCAGUGUGGGACAGCUGUCCUUUUAAAGCCAUUCUUUCUGCUGGGGCAGGUUUUGUUUUGGGGGCUGGACUGGGCUUGUUUUCUGCCAGUAUCUCUCCCAACAUCACAGCUCCGGACCAAGAGCCACCAUCAGCCAGACAAGUCUUGCGUGAGAUGAAAGUCUCCACCCUCUCGUAUGCAAAGAAUUUUGCUGCCAUUGGCUGCGUCUUCAGCGCCGUCGAAUGCUCCAUUGAAAGUUACCGCGGCAAGACGGACUGGAAGAAUGGCACUCUCUCGGGUGGCGUGACGGGGGGGCUGCUGGGGCUGAGAGCUGGACUUAAGGCUGGUGUGGUUGGCGCCGUGGGUUUUGCCGUUUUCUCCACCAUCAUCGACUACUACAUGCGGCACUGAGCUUACCUUGCCUCAUAUUAGUCUCAUUUUCAUCAUAUCUGUGAUCCUGCAUUGUCAUUAUACCCCUUAUCCUGCAUUUUCAUCAUACUUUUUACCCUGUGAUCUUACCUGUUAUAUUGUCUGAUUUGUUAUUUUGAACUACCGUUAAAUUGUCACCUCUCAUUCUCAUCAAUCAUUCCUGCAAUUCUCAGUGCUACUUCGUGCAGUUGUUAAUGAAUGUCUGACGUUACUCAUUGCACCGCAAAUAUUCUCAGUUAUUUGGUACCAAUUCCAUAUUGAAGUUGAAACACGUGAUUAGAAUCAGACAAAUGAACUUGAGAAUUUCGCGAACAAGUAUCGACUAAAUAUGUUCGGAAGAACGUUCUUAUUAGUUUCUUGUGUUGAAACGUUCAAAUAAUUUUUCACUGGCAGAACCUUUAGUCAUUUCAACCAAGUAUGAUGUAAUUUAAGUCUAUGCCUAUUGUUCUCACAUGUAAAUAAUUGUGUAUUAAAUAAUUAUAUAAGGCCAUUGUGCGUCAAUAAAUGCUUUUAGGUACGCAAGGAGUUGCAACUGAUCCUGUAGGUAUUGUGAUAUGUAUCGGUAUGUUUGUUUUUCCAAUAUUAUUCAUAUUGUACUUUUGCAUUACACGCAGUAUGUCAUUUUGAUGUGAACUUCUUC